CAAGACAUGUCUUAUUAAAGCAGGGGCAUGUGUACUAUGUAGUGUACAUGCAUGUCUGCUUACCAAAACCGACAUCACUUCAAGAUUUCGAGCCUUCUUUCCCUGGACUCAUCAUCAUUGUACGCUCAUUCGUCCUCGCCUGGAAACUCGAAAUUCCAAACGAGGUGCCCACAUCAUGAUGACACUCAGACAAAGUCGAUCCUGGGUUAACCGCCUGACCACCCGUUCACAAUGGACCGCCCUUUCAUCCUCACCUCACGCUUGGCUCUCAUCCCGCCGUUGUCAGUCGAAUAUGACUCAAUUACCGCAAGCCGGACAAUUCCCAGCCCUUAACACGCCUAUGUUGCCUCCGGGGAGUUAUGAUGGGAGAGUGGUGUUCAUAACGGGCGGAGGCACCGGAUUGGGCAAAGGCAUGGCUCAAAUGUUCAGUCAACUUGGGGCCAAAGUGGUAAUUGCGGCCAGACGACAGAACGUGCUGGAAGCUACGGCCUCGGAGAUCAGCGGCAUCACCGGCCAAGAGGUGUUGCCCCUGGCUUGCGACAUUCGGGAUCCACAGGCAAUCGCGCAAGCGGUUGACACUUGCGUCGAGCGAUUCGGUCUACCGCACGUGGUAGUCCAUAAUGCGGCAGGGAAUUUCAUUUCACCCACGGAGCGACUUUCGCCUAACGCAUUUCGAACCAUCAUUGAUAUCGUGUUGAACGGCACCGCCUACCUAACGCUGGAUAUCGGCAAACGCAUGAUCCAAGAAAAGCGAGGGGGGGUGUUCUUAGCUAUCACCACCCAUUACACUAAUGAAGGCUCCGCAUUCGUCGUGCCCAGUGCGUGUGCCAAAUCCGGUGUGGAAACCAUGAUGAAGUCUUUGGGUGUAGAAUGGGGACGUCAUGGCAUUCGAAUGAAUUGCAUUGCACCCGGACCGAUCGAGACCGAGGGCGCCUUUUCUCGCUUGGAUCCCUCAGGCGCCAUGAUGGAACAGGCAGUCCAAGAAAUCCCCACGGGGCGUUUGGGUGAGGUCAACGAGAUAGCUAAUUUGGCCUCGUACCUGUGCAGCGACUACGCCUCAUGGGUCAAUACCGAGACCGUGACUUUGGACGGCGGGGAGUUCCGCAGUUUGGCCGGGGAGUUCAACAAACUCCGAAUGGUGCCCCAAGAGCAAUGGGACACCUUGGAACAGAUGAUUCGGUCUACCAACAAGAAAUCCAAGCUGUGAUUGACCUGAUUGGUUCUUGUACUAUGUAUAAUAAGUAUGUAUGUCGGACUGGCACAAGCAAAAUAUAACGACAAACGAUGAAAUGGU